GAGCCAUGCAAAAAUUGGCACAUUUGAAUGAAAAGAAAUCAAUAAGGGUUUUGUUAAUAACAGCCAUAAUGUCAAAAUUUUGCACACACAAACACACACACACACAAGGUUCAUGUGUUAAUGUCGAAUGGCAUAUUGAUGAUAUUUAGAUUCAAAUUUUUGGCCAUUGAAUUCUGGGUGACAUUUGACAAUUUUUUUUAUAUGAUGCAAAUGAUACACAAUGAUCCCUAUAUAAAAUGAUCAAAUAUCAUGGAAAUUUUUCAUUAUUUUUCAACGAAAAUUUAAAAAAAACAAUUUCCAAUCAAUCAAUCAAUCAUGUACUUCAUCUCUAAAUCAACGAUUUUGUUUGCCAUAUCAAUCAUUUUGAUUGUUAAUUAUCCAUCAUUGGUUAUUUCUAGAACAACAGAGAAAUUGGAAGUACUCGACCGUAAGCUCUUUGAAUUGCUACAAGGAAGAAUAUUCGUUGAAAUCCUUGAAGAAGCAGUGGAUAAAUUAAAUGAUCUUGAUACCUGUAUCGCUAAAUGUGUUGGAUUGAAAUCUACAAAACGUACAUUCAAUGAAUUGGUGAAUAUAAUGAGAUGUUAUGAUAAUGACCGAAAACAUACUGUUGAAUGUAAACAUUUAAAACGACUAAGAUUUAAUGUAAAAAGAAAAUUGAAACAAGAACAAUGUAAAGAGAUUAUCAAUCGAAACUUAUAAAAAAAAAUCGAUUGAUUGAAUGUUAUAUUGAUUGAUUUGUGAAAAACAAGAGAAAAAAUA